UUCACAUUUUCAUCACUAAGAAAAAUUCUAUUUUAACUCUCUCUAUUUCAAUGAAUAUACUCUUAUCACCAAUUAUUUCUUUGUUUGUACCCACUUUUGCAUUUUAAUACCACUAACAAAAUCAUUCUCAAAAGCAUCCUAAGCAAAUGUUACUACUAUAGCAUAGAUACAUACACCUUAAGGUUUACUUCAGGCAAUCUAGUUAUUCUAAGUAUGGGGAAGAAUGGUGGAAGUUCUUCGUGGUUUAGCGCGGUUAAGAAGGCGUUUAGGUCUCCUAGUAAAGAUAAACAGAACAAUAGUGAUAAGAGAAGUUGUAGAAGUGAAGAUCUUGAGCAACAAGAACAAGAAAAAGUGAUCAUUUUCAUUCAUUAUUUAUAUGUACUUAGUUCUUGUCAAUCAUUUUUUUUAUUAUUGUGUCUUUGGAUUUGAUGUUGUAGCAGAGAAGAGGAAAGCGUAGGUGGAUGUUCGGAAAGCCCUUAAACACAAAUGACGCGACAAAGGUUACAAAUAUAAAGAGUCAUGCUAGAGAAAAUGCUGGUAUUGGAACACCAAAUGUGGCUGCCUCGGAGGAGGAAAGAAAGAAUGCCAUCGAGGUGGCUAUGGCGACUGCUGCAGCUUCUGAGGCAGCAGGCCAGCAGUUGCGACAGCUCAGGCUGCAGUUGAGUUUAUCAGGAAGACUAGACCAUGCAUUUUGGUCAAAGAAAAUCAAGCUGCUGUUAUCAUUCAGAAAGCCUUCAGAGGAUAUCUGGCAAGACGAGCAUUAAGGGCACUGAAAGGGCUGGUAAAGCUGCAGGCAUUAGUAAGAGGUCACAAUGUGAGGAAGAGAACAACAUUGACUCUAACGCGUAUGCAAGCUAUCUUUCGAGUUCAAGCUAGAGUUUGUGAUCAACGUCGUAGACUUUCAAUCUCACGCGAGAGCAGCCUCAGUUCCAGUUCUUUUACUGAUAAAAUUCCCCUGUCUAAAGACGGCGAAUGGGAUGAAUUUCAGAGUGUUGAAAAAGAAAUCGACUCGAGUUCCAUCCUUGGAAUGACCCAGGAAGAUGUUUGGAAAUCUGAAAGGGAUCUUGCUUAUGCCUUCUCUGACAAGAUGUGGAAGUCUCGAAUGAAAGAAUCCGACGAAAUACCAGAUGGGGCUGUGGAUUGGAGGGAAGCGAUUCGAUGGGAAAGACCAGGCAGAUACUCUUGUGAUCAAAGGCACCCCAUCAAAUUACAUCAAGUAGAAAACGCAAAUCGCAGGUCAAGUUUUCACAAAAUCAGGGAGAAAAAUCCUUACCAGCAGAUCAAAUUAAGUCCCUAUUCGGCUUUUCAAACACCCAUCAAACCAUACCAACCUGAACUCAAACAUCUACAAGUUCAUUCUGCUAGCCCCCGUUGCAUGAGACAACAGGAACCAAUCUACCUAAAGUCUCAGACACCGCGCUUGAGUUGCUCUUACAGAAACAACACUGCAGUGCCGAGUUACAUGGCAGACACUGCAUCUGCUAAGGCUCGAAUUAGAUCACAAAGUGUGCCUAGAGAACAAAGGCCUUCCACACCUGAGAGAGAAGGGAUAGGAAUUCCAAAAAGGCGCUUAUUUUUUGGAUCAUCAGAAGAGGUAGCUUCACCAUCCUGCAGAAAUACUCCAAGGGUUCAGAGAUAAGCUGACAUUGAACUAUGAAGUCUGACUGUAACUGUAAUUCUUGUAUAUUAGAUUGGUAGUUUAUUUGUUUUAUCUAGUGUUUCAUUGAAGUUUAAGUAGAAUAGGCUGAUGCAAU